AUGGAAACAGCAAUUGAAACAGCAAUUCGUUGGUCGCCAGCUUCCAAUGCAGAUGAGCAGAGAUUCCUCUACGUCGAUGUAUCUGGCAAAUCUUUCAAGCUCUGCAGGGUGACGUCUGGAGAUAGCACCUCGUUGAACUACGAUGUGCUGGUAUCACACUCCAGGGCCCCUGUCUUUCGUGCUUUUGACUGGUCUCCUGUUGACGAGACCCUGGUAGCUGUUGGUCAGGCGUCCGGGGAGGCAACCAUUCUUCGUCUAGACGAUGAUUAUCAAGCUCCGAUUGUUUUCUCCAUCAGGAAUCAGAGGUAUUGCAAUGCCGUUGCAUUUAGCACUCAGGGACUCUUAGCAGCUGGGCUGGAUAAAGUGAGGAAUGACUUUUGUUUAAAUAUCUGGGACGUAAACCAGCGCCUCUCCGUGACCGGUUCUCGAGGAUACGGGUCCGAUAGACACGCGUUAGAACCCCUGAGGAAGCUCGCGAGCUCGGAACCGAUUACCAGUAUCAAGUUUUUCAGAGACCAGCCAGAUACUCUAGUGACGGGAGUCAAAGGCCAGUUCGUUAGAAUAUAUGAUCUACGAGAGGGCUCAGGAAACCCAUCCUUACAAUUUCCCACUCGCUGUGUACAUAAUUUAGCUAUCGAUUGGUUGGAUGAAAAUUAUAUUGCGUCGGGCAAUCCCUCAGGAGAUCCUACCAUCUGUAUCUGGGAUCGACGUUCCGGAGCUAGAUUUCCAUCCGCGGCACUCCCAACCACGGACUCCAGCCAGCUCUCGGCAGCCCUUGAAUUUAGGAAUGUUAUUGACCCAAAAUCCUCGAUAUGGAGUCUGCGGUUCUCUAGAACUAAACGGGGAUGUUUAGGGAUGUUGUCUAGUGACGGCGACUUCAAGGCAUAUGAUAUGGCCAAAGAAUACGUUUCAGACGAAAACCGAACGUCACUAGAUCAGACCCUGGGCAGAAAUUCCGCCACAUCAUAUCCGGAACAAAUCUACACGAAGACUGUUCGAGACUUCCGGAAUCCUUACUUUCCUCAUGACCGCAGUACUAAUCCUUCGCAGAAAGUAGCAUCGUUUGACUUUUUGAAUUUUAGUGCGUCAAAUGAACCGACCACCGUUACACUUUUGGCCAAUCGGUCUGUCGCGCUAUUCACACUUCAAUCGCAGCCAUGCCCCAUGGAUCUUUCUUCUCAAAGCGUAUUAGCCCGCGGAGGGCUGGGAGAACAUGACCUAGAUUUCAAGCUUAUAAGGCCUUCGUCAGAAUCUCCCUCACGAAUAUCCAAAACCUCGAAAAGAACUCAGGAUCGUUCUACAUCACCUACCGCCCAACCAAAUGGCAGCUCAGCCACUAUAGGGGAUAAUAAAAAUGGCGGUGGCCGAAGCUCCCCCGAUUCUUCUGCUUCAACCAAGGUCGCUCAGCGUUUGCCCAGUCGGGAGAGCCGUGAAAGGUCUUUAUCGGCGGGAAUGUCUGACACACGACUAACAGUCCGUGAUGCUUUAGCAUGGAUGUCCAUUCCUCGGUUACGAUGUCAAGAGGGCUACCUCGUCGAUGGCGAGGCCAACAAAGAGCUCUUUUCUGACGAUCCUGGACUGUGGGAGUUUUGGGAUUGGGUAGGGCGCGCCCGAGAAAACUCCAUCGGCGAUUCAAUGAUAAUUAAUUCGGUGGAUAUGAAUUAUAUUGGUGUAUAUAGUAUAUGGAAUGAGAGGCUUGGCCAGAGCCUCGAGGAUCGCGUACUCCGUUCUAAUGUGAACCAAACUAUCGAUAUAAAUAAUCUUAUCAUAGAUCUCGUCAAGGCACUUGGUAUUCCAGAAGGAAAGGGAUGCACCACUCGAUUCCCGGCUCACCGUCGACUAUGCCUUCGCAUCAGUGGAGCCGCGGAAUCUACUGCGGAUUUGGAGGCCAUAGUGAACAAUCUUGUAGAAGCACGUCAGCAUACAAAGGCUGCUGCACUGGCUCUGUUCCAAGAUGAACCAAAAUUAGCUCUCUUGGCUCUCAGGAAAAACCAGCCUACUCAGGGACAUAAACUUCUCGCCAUGGCCAUUAGUGGUGCAGCGAAGGGGGAUACCGACCCCUACUGGGAGGAAACAUGUAGGGAAAUCGGGCAAGAGCUCGCAGAUCCCUACGCUCGGGCUAUUUUAGCGUUAGUGGGCAAAGGUGACUGGAAUUCUGUAAUUGGAGAGGUCACACUACCUUUGAAAUAUAGACUGGAAGUUGCUCUCCGCUGGCUCCCCGACGACGAACUAACUUCUUACCUCCGGGAUGCAACCAUGGAUGCGAUACGCCAAGGGAAUAUUGAAGGAGUUGUCCUUACAGGCCUUGACCAUGGAGCGAUGGACCUAUUUCAAUCUUACAUAGACAAGUUCGGCGACAUCCAAACGCCCGUACUUGCCAUGAGCCAUACUGUCCCGCGAUUCAUCACGGAUCCGCAAAAUAGCACCCGAUAUGAAGCUUGGCGAGAGACAUAUCGACGACAGAUCAAUUCCUGGAAACUCCAGCUAGAUAGGGCUAGGUUUGACGUUGAAUCACGAAAGCUGGCAGUUACUUGGUAUGCCCGUAAACUCAUAAAACCACCUCCACAGCAGAUCAGUUUAGUUUGCAACUACUGCACUCGCCCUCUUUCUCAGCAGGAUGGGUCUGAAUAUCCGGACCUCCCAUCAACCGGUAUGGAAGUCGUUCAUUCAGUGCCAAUGAGCCCGUUGGGAACUGCAUCGCAGUCGGGUACCAUCUGCCCCAAGUGCGGGCGACAUAUGCCUAGAUGCGGAAUUUGUUCUUUAUGGUUAGGCACUGCAGAUCCAAUGUCUCGGGCCUCGAUUGCUGGCGGAAGCACGAACAAGCAAGCAAGCGAGGCACCGCAGGAAGAUGUGAUGAAAAGAUUUGUCGUCUUCUGCAUCAACUGCAACCACGGAUUCCACGCUCAUCAUGCAAGGGACUGGUUCAGAAAGCAUAAGAUUUGUCCAGUUGCUGAAUGCCAUUGCAUAUGUGACCGAUGA